GGGGAGUAUCCGGGCGGCAGCAUCUACGCUCCAGAGAGAAUGAAAAAGGCAGGAACAUGAGCAACCGCCUGUGGCAUUAACCUCUCCAGUGGUACGAGCCAGGGACAGCACCACCGGUCACCCUAGGAAACUCCCCCACCAGAUUGGAUGAUAAUUUAUUCUUACCCUUGACUUUAACUUUCCGUUCAUAUUUCCAAUACAGAACAAUCGAGACCCGGGGCCUAGAGGGAAGGUGAGCAUUCGGCCAGUUCGGUUUGGUCACCUGGUAGAGACCGGCUUUGGAGAAGCAAUGCUGGCGAGGACCUUCAUCCUGUUGGCGCUCUUUGCAGAAGCCUCGGCAAAAUCAUGCAUUCCAAAUAAAGCAGAUGUCAUCCUUGUGUUUUGCUACCCCAAAACCAUCAUCACUAAAAUCCCUGAGUGUCCCUAUGGCUGGGAAGUCCAUCAGCUGGCACUCGGGGGAAUGUGUUACAAUGGGGUCCAUGAAGGUGGCUACUACCAGUUUGUCAUCCCAGACCUAUCACCUAAGAACAGGUCCUACUGCGGAACCCAGUCCGAGUACAAGCCCCCCAUCUACCACUUCUAUAGCCACAUCGUGUCCAACGACAGCACGGUGAUUGUGAAGAACCAGCCGGUCAACUACUCCUUCUCCUGCACCUACCACUCUACCUACCUGGUGAACCAGGCUGCUUUUGACCAGAGAGUGGCCACUGUUCAUGUCAAGAAUGGGAGCAUGGGCACAUUUGAAAGCCAAUUGUCCCUCAACUUCUACACUAAUGCCAAGUUUUCCACCAAGAAAGAAGCUCCUUUCAUUCUGGAAACAUCCGAAAUCGGUUCGGACCUGUUCGCAGGAGUAGAAGCCAAAGGGCUAAGCACUCGGUUUAAAGUCGUCCUGAACAGCUGUUGGGCCACCCCCUCGGCGGACUUCAUGUACCCCUUGCAGUGGCAGCUGAUCAGUAAGGGCUGCCCCACCGAUGAAACAGUCCUGGUGCAUGAGAACGGCAAGGAUCACAGGGCAACUUUUCAAUUCAAUGCCUUCCGGUUCCAGAACAUCCCCAAACUCUCCAAGGUUUGGUUACACUGUGAGACAUUCAUCUGUGACAGUGAGAAGCUUUCCUGCCCAGUGAAUUGUGACAAACGGAAGCGUAUGCUACGGGACCAGACAGGGGGUGUCCUGGUUGUGGAGCUGUCCUUGCGGAGCAGGGGACUUUCCAGUCUCUGUGACUUCUCAGAUGUUCUUUAUCACCUCAUCCUGAUGUUGGGGAUCUGUGCUGUGCUAUAAGAGAGAGCUGGGCAGCUGCGGCGACUCUUCAAGGCCACCCUGAACUAUGACACACUGCCAAAAAGAACAAAUAGAAGACUUCACUGCUGGGGAGCAGAGAAUAGCGCUUCACCAAAUAUGUGCUCCCCAUGAUUAUUUUGUGUGUGUGAAUUUGGUGAUCCAGUGCUGUUGGAGCCACACUUCCCCUUAUUCCUUCCUCUGGUCAUAAGGUCCUGCCAAUCCCCCUCCACGAAGGUAGGGAGGAGUCUUCUCUCCUCUACUCAAAUUAGGGCAGCAUUCAAAAGCUACUUCAUCAUAAAAGAUUCACACAUACAUAAUAUGCAGCUUAGCAUUCAGAGGCAAAGACAGACCAUAACCACAAAAAAAAAAAAAAUGCCAAAUACAGAAUCCACAGGGAUAGCCAACUUUACCCAGCAGGCACUGUCUAAUUCUAAGGACCAGAACUGAGCUCCUAGGCAGGAGAUUCCAAUCUUCAAGUGAAAAUGUGGAAAUCCAAGUUAAAUAAGAUAUAUUCAUUCAACCUUUUGUAAGAGACAAGAAGUUGGUUCUUAAGAGCCCCUAGUACUAAUUUUUUUUUAUUAUAGGGUUUCUUAAGUAGAUAUAAACAUUAGGUAGGUAUUAUAAUGCCUUAUCCUUAUAACUGAUUAUAUUUCUCUGUAAUCAAAAGUAAAUAGGAAAUAGACUAUGGAAAGAGUAAAAUUCAUCCUCAUUUCACACAACAAUGUGGCAUUGCCUACAUGAAAUGCAUUUGCACGACAGUGGGAAGACUGUGCCUGGGUCCAGGUUCUCUGAGAUUCGAGAGCCAGUCCUCCCGCGGAGGAUGCUCCGUGGACUCAUGAGCCUCAUCUGCUCUAGGAAGUCUUCCUGUCUGGGAUGGCCUAAGGCAUUCCACCUUCCCUGAAAACACUCAAGCCUGUGUCUGCUUCCAGCUCGUUCACUUAGGAUUGUGAGAACUGAACCAGUAAAACAUCAGAAACACAAUGCAAAUAUAGCCAAUGACAGCACAUGACAGCACACUCUCAAAACUGGACACCCCUGUGGUCUAGAAUAUGCUAAUGUCAGUGAUUCACACUUGUCAACAAGGAACAAACUGAGCAAACCAAGCCUGCCGGAGCCUCAGCUGUGGGGUGACAGGAUAGGCCAAGUUCUACAUUUUUUUUCCUUUGUCAAGUACAAACAUUUGAGAUCAUGUGCCAGUUUGUCCUCUGUAUUUAAUGUCCUUGAGAGGUUUUGAGGUUUGCAGUUUGUUGAUCUUUUUACAACUUGCAUAAAUGAACUUAGAAAUUAAACCAGUUACCAAGUCUUGUUUGUUUAGCCAUAGGCUGUGGUACAAUGGUUCCAUGCAGUCUAAACGUGAUAUCUAACUGGUGCUCCAAUCAGUUUGGAAUCUCUUCCUAAAGUCAGAGUUAAUUGUAAUCCGGAAAUAUAAAAAACAUGCUUUAUUGGUUCUAGUCAGAAACUCUUAUAUAGCGCAUAUAUAGCCAAGUUUAUGUCAUUGGCUGUCAGGAUAAAACAAUGUUUAAAUUUCUCACCAUGAUUUUUGAACUUGUAUUUCUACCUGGUGCUAUGGACUAAAUAAAA